AUGGCAGCAGCAAUAGGGGGGCCCCCCCAGUACCCUGUCACAGCUGAUUUGGGGGCCCCCUUGGGGGCCCCCCUAGAGGGGCCCCCAGGGCCCCCGGGGCCCCCGGGGCCCCCAGAGACCCCGGGGGCCCCCGGGGGCCCCCUGGGGGCCCCCUUCUGGGUACAGAGUGGAGAGGGCCCCUAUGAGAUUAGUGAAGGUACUGGGGGGCCCCCCUGGGGGGCCCCCCAGGGGCUGCUGCUGCUGUUUUGCUGCUUCUUGAUUCUCUUUUUAUUAGUUUUGUUGAAGAAGAAGAAAGAGGGACUGGUUGUUAAGACUCAUUUGGCCUUUUCUUUUUUCCUUCUUUUUAUUUCUUCUCUUCGACUUCUUCGGGGGGCCCCCCACAAACUUCUUCAUUUCAAGGGGGCCCCCCAGUACCCUUUUUCAGCAGCCCCAGAGGGGCCCCCUGGGGGCCCCCCUGAAGGCCCCCUUGGGGCCCCCCUAGCACAGGGGCCCUUUGGGGGCCCCCUCGGGGGGCCCCUAGAGGGCCCCCUUGGGGGGCCCCUGGAGGGGCCCUUUGGGGGGCCCCUAGGAGAGCAAGCCCUAGGGGCCCCCCCGGGGGGCCCCCCUGGGGGGCCCCCCGGGGGGCCCCCCGGGGGGCCCUCUGGGGGCCCCCCUGGGGGGCCCCCUGGGCCAAACCAGGGGGGGCCCCCGGAGGCUUCUUUGGAUGACUCUGCCCUUAAGGGGCCCCCGGGGGGCCCCUCCUCAGGGGGCCCCCUCCAAGUGGACUUUUCUCCUUCUUUGGGGGCCCCCCUGGAGGGGGCCCCCUUGGAGGGGGCCCCCCUAGAGGGGCCCCCCGGGGGGGCCCCCUUGGAGGGGGCCCCGCUGGAGGGGCCCCCCGGGGGGGCCCCCUUGGAGGGGCCCCCUGGGGGGGCCCCAAGGGGGGCCCCCUCCUGGGGGAGGGGCCUCCUGGGUUCACUUUAUGACUUUUUUGCUGCAUGCGUUUUGAACUGGAAAAGGCUGCUUUGUUUUGCUGCUGCUGCUUUGCUGCUGCUGCGGGCUUCUAUGGGGGUGGCUUUGCUGACAGCCCCCGUGGGCCCCACAGCAGCAGCAGCAGCAGCAGCAGCAGCAGCAGCAGCAGCAGCGGAGCGAAGGCUGGCGCUGGAGGGAGCCACGGAGGAGCCCGCCGCAGUAGCCGAGCCAGCAGCAGCAGCAGCAGCAGCAGCAGCAGCAGCAGCAGCAGCAGCACAGGGGGCCCCCCUAAUAUCUGUGCUAGCAGCAGAAGGCUAUGUGUGGAGGGGCCCUCGAAGCAAAGCAGCAUGGAGAUUCAGUUUGCUGCUGCAGCUGCUGCAGUUGGUGGUGCUUCCUUGUGCUGCUGCUGCUUGGUGGGCAGCAUCCCCUUCUGCUGCAGCGGCAGCACUGUGGCUGUCUGGCCCCUCUUUGCCCUCAAGAGCAGCAGCAGCAGCAGCAGCAGCAGCAGCAGCAACGGGAGCUGCAGGAGCAGCAGCAGCAGCAUUUGAAGCUGUGAAUCCGUCUUUGUUGGUUUGCUGGUCGCUGCUGCUGUCGCUGCCGCUGCGGCUGCUGCCUUCGUUUGCUGCAGCAGCAGCAGCAAUUUACAGUUGCUGCUGCAGCGCAGCAGUGGCCCGCCUUAUGGCAAUACUUGGCAGCAGCAGCAGCGGGCCGCUGUGGGGCUCCGCAGAUUUGCUGCUGCUGCUGCUGCUGGCAGCAGAUUCUGCUGGGCUAAUUGACUGGCUGCUCAACACUGGUCCACAGCAGCAGCUGCUGCUGCAGGAGCUGCUGCUGCAGCAGCAGCAGCAAAAGGCCAGCUUUUCAGGCGCCCCGCCCAAAGCCCGUACCCAAAGACGUUUGCUGCAGCGCGCAGCUCCUCUAAUCACAGAAGUGCCCAGAGGAGAAGUCCAGGGCACAGCUGUCUCUCUCUUUCGCGACAGAGAUGGAGAUGAGGCCUUCGAGUUUUUCUCUGUCGACGCCACUGGACGGCCCUGCAAAGUGCCAGUUGCUGCUCUGCAGUGCCUCGGGCGGCGGCCAUUACCCAUGUUGCUUUAA